AACUGUCAAACUGUGAAAUCGCGUUUGUUGACAUAAGCAGCAUUUGUCAAAAAUUAAUAUAAAUACUUGAUAAAUAUCUGAGAAGACAGAAAUCAGAUGAGGCCAUUUAGAUCUAAAUAAAAAAUGUCAAAAAACCCAAAUUAAUUGGCAUUAAAUAACUGCGCGAACUGUCAAAUCGCGUUUGUUGACAUAACAUAGCACAGCAUUUGUCAAAAAUAAUAAGACAUUCUUGAUGAAUAUCUAAGAAGACAGAAAUCAGAUGAGGCCACUUAGACCUAAGUAAAAAGAAGAUCAAAAAAUCCAAGCUAAUUGGUAUUAAAUAACUUCAUUAAAAAAAAAGAAGAAAAAAGUCAUGUGUGAUUUCCAUAUUUACCUUAUUCUUCUAUCUCGCAUGAUUAAAGAAGAGUCUCAUGCAACAAUGAAGCUAGAGGAAAUGAAGAAGACAUACUUAUAAUAAUAUAAUUAUUAUACUUAUAAUAAUAUAAUUUAUAGUUACGCACACUUCUAUGAUGCACAGCUGGAAUAAAUUGAUUAAAACUGAUAACAGUUACAGAUAUGAACCUAGAGCCAGUGUCAAGAAGCAACAUUGCACAGGCAGACUCAGCUUUACUCAAAUAUCCUUUGAUCAUGAGGAAGAAUGCCUGAUUGCAGUGGAUACUAAAGGAUACCUGCACUAUGUGGACUUAUCCGAUGAAGUUCCAUGCUGUCAAGUACUCGGGAAGGUCGAGCAGGCCACAUUUCUGUCAUUCAAUCCCAUAUGCAAGGUAGAGAUACUGAUCGGACUCAACAACGGUGAUAUAAAGCUCUGGAAGCUUCACACAGACUUGGACAAUGACUUCUAUCUGCUGUCUGGUCAUAGAUUAGCAUCCACCCACAUUUCCUUCUAUAAGAAUUAUUCCCUAACUACGUCUCGGAACGAGGUCAUCGUAUGGGACCUGCGAUCCUACAGCAAAGCUCAUCAGUUGAAAGUUGGGGUGAAGAAUGCCGUCAUCAAGAAAGCCGCCUUUUCCAACCUGGGCCACAUCGUUGUUCUGUAUCUCAAUGACACCAUGCAGGCCUGGACAUUUGGACAACUGCACAAGGAUAUUAAAAUCGAUACUAGCUUAUUCGGCAUGCGUUAUAUUAAAGAUUUUGUCUUCACCAGAGACGCGAGGGCUAUGAUAAUGUCUGGUGCAGGAAACCUCAGCGUCCUUAAUACGUACGAUUGGAGUUUGCUGAAGAAGCUGCUUCUACCUGAGAACCUCGUCGAGGCCAGACAACUGUCGGUGGUUCCAAGUCCUUUGGACGGUGGAGCAAAUAAAAUUCUCGCCUUCCUAUCCUCGAAAUCCACUCUUCAACUUUGCGAUAUAAACUCCUCAGAGUUCCUGAAGACACCCACCUCCAUCAAUGGGGUCAAGAAGCUAGUGGUCUCCUCGAAUGGCAGAUAUAUAGGCUACAUAGACCAGGAGGGUUGCUUAAAUAUAACUUACGCAGAUAAAAUAAUUUUAAGAAAGCAUCAACAGCUGAAGAAGCCAUCGGAGCCACCUAGACUACAGGCGCACAGGAUCAGCGAUCAUCUGGAGUGCGUUAAACAGAGGAUAAAACAAGAGCUGAAUAUAGAACGAUUGACUUCCAUCCUGAAAGAAUUCGGAGAAUUUCCAGAUAAAUAUCGCACGCUGAUUUGGUCCGCUAUUCUGAAGCUACCGGCCAAUAAAGAUGCUUACAUCGCUCUGGCGAGUAAAGUAACUCGUGGGAAACUCACAUCCAACACCUGGAAGGAUCAUCCCCUAGCAGACAGAAGCAAAGCCUCUUUGCUGGCCAUGACGAUGGAUUGUUUGUCGCAGUGGUGUCCCCUGCUGAUACAGAGUCCCUUUCUUCCCAGCCUGAUCUUCCCAUUUCUCGUAGUCUUUCAGAAAGAUCCCUUGCUCGCCUUCGAACUGGUUUUGAGUAUAUUGCUGAAUUACUGUCAGAAGUGGUUCGAAUACCAUCCAUUGCCACCGUUGAAUGUUUUGGGAAUCGUUGAAAAUAUUCUUCUGGAGGCAGAUCCUGCACUGCUGAAUAUCUUCUGUGAAAAUGGAGUCACCAGCAGCGAAUACGCUUGGCCCUUAUUAAGGACUGCUAUGAGCGAGGUGUUAUCAGGCGACGAGUGGCUGAUUUUGUGGGACCACCUGAUAGCUUCUCAGAGACCCUCUCUCCUGCUGAUGUGCGUCGUUGCUUACAACGUUUACUCGAGAGAGAAUAUAAUCUCCUUAAUAAGGUCGCGUUCUGGGAAUGUCCAGACGUUUUACAGCACUCAAAGUCACGUCAGGACCAAGGAUUUACUGAGGAUCGCGAGGAGAUUGGAUCGGGAAACAGAGGAACGAGUGCAUCCUAAUCGUUAUCUGAGGGAUGAACUGUUGCAAUUAAAUCACGUCGGGCCUUAUCUCGAGUUUAUAAAGACAGAAUAUCCAAAGUUCCUCGUCGAGAAUCUCAACAUCGCGGACUUGAGGAAAUUGAAAACGCAAGAACAUUUGCAAGAGCGUAAUCGUAAGAUUGCGGAACUUGAAAGAAAAAGAUUACAUGCAGAGGCCAAAGCUUUUGCGAAGCAAACUCAUGAAAGAAGAUUAAAUGAGGUGCAAAAAUGCUUUCAAGAGUACAUUAAUUUAAAUGGGAAUUUCGAGAAAUUUCUACCAAAUGUAGGAAGAGGAAAGUGUCAUUCGUACAAAGAUAUCGAAAAUUUGCAAUUAAAAAAGAUACAAGAAUGUAAUAAAUGCAAGAUUACGAAAGAUGGACUCUCGAAUUUUGAAGACAGCAAAUCGAAGAAUUGCGAAAAAUUGCAGCAAGAUGUAACAAAACUCGAAUAUGAAGUACAAAGUUUUCUAGAUUCAUUGAGAUCUCGUAGAUCAGCAAUUAGUUAGAACUAAUUUUUUUAUAAUGGAAAAUUUAAUCUCAUUAAAUAUAGGUAAAAUAAAGCAAUAUCUUAAU